ACCAACAAGUCAACAAAUUGCAAGAUCGUACAAAGUUUAUACAAAGGCUUUUUACUAUUUUUUUUAUCAAUCAUGACAAAAGCACCGAAACCAGGCGAUAAGAACAGAGAUCUUUCUUUCCAUCCAUUCACCAUCACUCCCGAAAGCGCACACACUGCUAUACUACUUUUGUCGUCAACAGAAUUUAAUAUAUUGAGCUGGACUCUUCGAGCGAUAACGAAAUUUUCGGCCCAAGAGCUAGAAAAUAGAUAUGUAUUGUUGAACCUGGGCGCGAUCCGAUACAUACUUCCUCUGUUGGACCUGACUGAGUUGAACAUCAAGCGGUUUGCCCUGAAGGCUUUGGCCCAACUCUGCCAGUUGCCUGAAGGCAGGAAUGAAGUACUUUCUGAUCCUGUUAAUUUAAAGAAAAUUGCGUAUAUGUUAGUAAAGAUUGAAGACGUGUUUGUCCUAGAAUUUGCUUCGUUAGUCCUGUCAGAGUUGACCAGGGAGCCGCACGGGUGCGCGCAGCUGGUUGCUGCUAACAUUCUGAGCAGUCUGUUCUCUAGGAUGAAGAACAGUCUGGAUCCUGAUGUGCAGAAGAAUUGCUUGCAGACACUAAGCAACCUUCUAGACGAUCCAAUAUGUGCCUCGGAAGUGACGAAGAACCAGCAGUUCUCGUGGGCGUCCCUGCUGGCCCUGAUCCAGAGCAAGUUCUUGGCCAUACAAUUCGCUGCCAUAAGGACCGUCGAUCAGCUCAUUUGUAGAUAUAACGACUAUAAUGUGCAAAAAUCCUUCAAAGCUAGCACUGGUGUUUUGGAUCAUUGUGAUAUCUUAGAGUCUUAUGAAUUCCGAGACGUACACACCCAAGUGCUCGGAGUUUUGAAGAAUUACGCGGAAACUGAAGAGAAUUCUGCACAUCUGUACCAAUCUGGGUGUAUACUGAGACUGUUGGCGUACCUGGAGAUGGCGCUGCCAGCCAUGAAGCCACAUUGCUUGGCUGUGUUGACCAAGAUGUCUUUCACUGCUACGGGAAGAGACGCAUUAUACCAGACCGGAACGGACCUGGUCUUCUGCCAUCAAUUGCUGAGCUCCAGCGUAGAACUGCUCGCCGAUGCGGCCAUGGGAGUUGCUAAUAUGACGAAACUGUUGCCAGCCGCUGUUAGGAUGUCUGACACGAACAUUAUUGAAGCUCUAUGUGCGAUCUUGAGCGACGACGUAACAUCCUGGUUCUUCAUUCGUAUGAACUCUCUGCGAGCUCUGGCCGAGUUGUGUCGGAUCAUACCAAAGGCUGCGUACAGCCUCGUCGAACCCAAGACCUUUGCUUCUUUGAGGGCAAUCAAUAAGAAAUAUAAAGAAUCACCAAUCGAGGCACAGCGGUUGGCGGUGCAAUGCUACCUCAACCUGCAGAGCUACCACGUCAGCACCAACGCAAUGCUCAACCCUGAGUUCAUGCAAGAACUGCUCGAUAUACUCACGAGAAUUGACACUAGUCUGAAGAUCAUGACUUGUCAAGUCCUCGAAGGUCUGAUGGCGCAUGACGCAGCAAAAGAUCUGUUCUCUUUGAAGGACGGAGAAAAGGUGGUGUCGAAUUGCCUGAGAAUCGAGCACAUUGGACUACGGAACGCGCUGUGCACGCUGAUAUCCAAAAGCGUGACCGAUGAUGGAGCGGACACCUACUUGGAGCUUGGCACCAUACAUUAUAUGGUAGAGAAUAGAAUGGCAAGGUACGUAGUCCGGGCAUGGAACCCAGCUCUGGACACAAUCUUCCGACACCACACCUCCGCCAAACUCGCUUAUAUCGGCAGGCUAGAUAUCAACGACUUUACACAGGAAGGAUUCUACGUCCAGAAGCGUCUGGAAGAGUCGUUCCCCACGAUCCAAAAGCUGAUGGAACAGAAGCCACCGUACCGAAACCCGGUCUACAUCUGCAUGUUCCAUACGUCUGUAGACGCUAUGUCGGCUUUGGAUAUCAGGACACCAUUUGAACGGUCCUUGUCCAAAGUGAACAUAUCUUCCACGCGCAUGAGAUUCCCAGAUUUGCCGGACGACGAGAAUCUGCGAGCUCAUUUCCUUAAGCUACGCAUGUGGUUUGGGGACCCAGCAAAAUCUAUGCAUUUCUUCGAAAUCGAAGACGCUCACUACGAAGUAAGAUACCGCGACAAAUGCCAAGAGGUUACGUCAUCGCUGAAGUACCGCGCGCAGAUGUUGGCAGAGCUAGUGGCUGACGAGAUGUCAGGUGUGGGACAGGACAGGGACUGCUCCAUGCCCAGUGUCGAUCUUCAUGUGUCUGAUCUGAUGACUGCCAAUAAUUCAAUGGUCCUGGGUAUAGGACUGGUACAAUACGGCGGAGCCCUGGAACGAGCGCUGUUGUACAAGGUGCUAGCUGACAGAAUAGGAGUCCCUUGCGCGUUAUACCGCACCAGCUACGCGCAUGCGUGGUGUGAGGUUGCUGUACCGGCGCCUGAUGAAGACGUUGUGGACGAAUUGGAAGAGAAUUAUCUGGCGGGUUUCCUCCGCGCCAACUACGUGGUCGACCUGAUUGAGCGUCCCGGUCGCCUAUUGCCGCGGGGGGCAGUGGAGGCGAGGCGGAUCACGGGGCCCCCCGGCGCCCCCCCUUACACCGCCGGCAAGCUGCCUCAAGUGUGUCAAUGCCAAAAGAACGUGGUCAAAUUUGCGUUGCCGAUGGAGUCGUAGGAUAAGUGCGACUUGCAUUGAGGCUCUGACGAAGCAAAAAGCAAAUUUUUUUUUUCUAAUAAAAGUUGUGUGACGAUAUGUGGGGCUGAGGCAGACGAGUGGGGUGAGAGGUUGCGCAAUGGCUCCGCAUCUUUGCGAACGAAAGACUAACGAAAUCUUCAGCUAUUUUGUCUUAGUGUAUGUUUGCGAGGCACUAGUUUCUCGGUGACAUAUACUAGUUGGAGCCAUGCCAUGUCGUGCCGUUGCCUCGACGCAGCAUGUUUCGGCUUCGUUUUCUAUAGGUUUUGACACUGACGUACGUUUACGUACGUCGAAACUUCACACAAUUUCUGCGUUGUUCAUCGACGGAUGUCAACGUGACGGAGGACAAUGGAGCAAUAGGGCAUGGCCAGUUCGUGUAAAAAUAUGUAUAUUUAUUUAGUGUGUAUCGUACCAAUAAUUACACAAUUUUAUG